AUGGGACGCGCCCUUUUUUCUGACCGGUAUGGCUGCCGCGCUGCCAAUGCUACCGUUACCGUCGCUCCGCAAGCCAUCGACGAAGACAACAAGCCACCGGUUGUGUACCAUAAAUGGAGUCUUUCGAACCGAUUUGACCCGGAUGCGGACGAGUUUUUUGCGACUGCAGAAUAUGAGGCAUUCCUAGAUCGUGGAGAGGUCGACCUUGGUGAACACCCUGGAAGCGAUACUCCCGAGUCGGAGCCAAACAACGAUACUCUUUCGUUGACUAUCAACGAGCAGCUGCUUGCGCAAAUCCAGCAAUUUGCGUCUGUUAGUGGUGGGGGAGAGGUUGUCGCUAUUCGCGCCAAUCCGACCUCUGAAAUGCCCGUUCCCGUGCCGAUUGUGACGGAGACUGCUGCUGUUGUUGAAGCCACGCCCAGCACGCCUCCCCCAAUGGCUCACCUCGCUCUCUCUUCACCCUCUCCCGCGCCGACUGUCACACCCCGUCUUUACAUGUGGAAUCGGACUCAAAGUCCUGGCUCCCCUCCCACUCUCCGUCGCACCCACGCCCCCGCCAAUCACAUGAUCACUCCCCGCCGACUGCUCCAGAAUGCUUGA